GACGCAGCGCCGCUCACUUCCUGUUUACGUUCCGGGAGUGACGCCUCUCCGAUAACAUUUGACAAACAGUUUGAAAUCGGUUUCAAAGCGGCGCUAAACGCCGCGAUAAGCCGAAGACCGUCCUCCAGGCGUCCCCCGCUGCCCCCCACUCUGCGGCCGCCUCGCAGGAGCCCAGCCCGGGCUGACCCCCGGCAGGAAGCGGCAGCUGGAGCUAGCCGUUAGCCUGCUAGCUUCAGAGAGUCCGGAGGAGCGAGAGAGCCGCGUCCGUCAGCAUGGAGAGCAAGUACAACCUGAAGAGUCCCGCGGUGAAGAGGCUGAUGAAGGAGGCUGCAGAGCUGAGGGAGCCCACCGAGCACUACCACGCCCAGCCACUGGAGGACAACCUGUUCGAGUGGCACUUCUCGGUCCGCGGGCCGCCGGACUCGGACUUCGACGGCGGGGUGUACCACGGCAGGAUCGUGCUCCCCCCGGAGUACCCCAUGAAGCCCCCCAGCAUCAUCCUCCUCACGCCCAACGGCCGCUUCGAGGUGGGGAAGAAGAUCUGCCUCAGCAUCUCGGGACACCACCCAGAGACCUGGCAGCCGUCCUGGAGCAUCCGCACCGCCCUCAUCGCCAUCAUCGGGUUCAUGCCCACCAAAGGGGAGGGGGCCAUCGGCUCGCUGGACUACACCCCCGAGGAGAGGAGGGCCCUGGCCAAAAAGUCUCAGGACUUCUGCUGCGACGCCUGCGGCUGCUCCAUGCGCUCCGCCCUCAUGGCCCUCACCCCCAACAGCAACCCCGGCGCCGAGGACCGCCAGGCCCAGGAGCUGGCCCAGCAGAUCAGCUUCAAGGCGGAGUCCAGCUCCUCCAGACAGGCCAGUGAGGGCGGAGCUGCAGAGAGCGAGGCGUCCUCAGCUCCCGUCCAGGAAGACGCUGAGCAGACAGAAGCUGCUCCCCCCAGCGGGGCGGACGGAGCCCGGACCCCCGGCCGGCCCCUGAGCCCCCGGCAGCGCCGCGCCCAGCAGCGCGGCGAGACGGCGGCGAGGGGCCCGGCGUCGGCCCCGCCCCCCCGGCCCCCCGGGCCCCCCCGGGAGCAGAGCCAGGCCGGCUCGGCGGCGCUCAUCGUGCUGCUGACGCUGGCUCUGGCCGCGCUCGUCUUCCGCCGCCUCUACCUGGCCAACGAGUACCGCUUCCACUACGACCUGUGACCCGCUGGCCCCGCCCCCUGCCCCCCCGGCCCCGCCCGCCGCGGCCCACUCUGACUCUGCCCCUCCCCCCCAGCGGCGGCGAGGGGACUUCAUUCCAGCAGAGGAGGCUCUGAAGCUCCACCCACCGGCGGGCCGCUUUUAAUCUGAGUUUUACCCUGCAGAGCCACACACACACACACACACACACACACACACACACACACACACACACACACACACACACACACACACACACCUCACACACACUCUCUCUCCACAUAGCUGUUGUCUGUCCAGCUGCUGCUUUCUGCUGUUAUUUAAUUAAACUGUAAGAUAAGACGUC